AUGCCCGUCCCUUUUGAGGCUCUUCUUCCCUAUGCCAUCAUGAUUGGUAUGUUUGGUAUCUCUGGUACUGGUCUUGCCGUCGUCAAGAACUGGCAGAACGAGGGCAAACGACCCCGUUACUCCGUAGAUCAAUGGGAUAGACCAGAUGAUAGCUCGAGGGUACUAACGAAUUGGACAGUGAUGGACCGUGACCGCCGACUUACGGGAACUCUACGAGGACAAACAGACAAACCGGAAGCGCCUUUAGGCUUCGAGUUGAACAACCCAUGGAAGUUGGAAACACGCUUUUCUUAA